UUCAUUUCCCGUGCGUAGUUGCCCAAGUUAGUCAAAAAUAAAAACUACGUAAAAUGAAGCAUUUUAUGUUUACUGUGUCUUUUUUUAUCACAGCUUUAUGCCUUUAUGCAUAUGGAAAACCUUCGUCUCGGAUUAUUGGGGGUGAGGUUGCACGAACGGGUCAAUUUAGAUUUGCAGCAGCCAUUCAUGUGCAGACCAGUGACAAUAGAUUCUUUUGUGGUGGUGCCCUUACUGGAAAUCAGUGGAUUAUAACUUCGGGAUACUGUGUGCACAAUGCGGAACUCUUCACAAUUCAACUUGGUUCAAACACCCUAGAAGGUGACGACCCAAAUCGUGAAACUGUUGCUACUUCCACUUAUUAUUUGCACCCUGAUUUUAAUCCAGACACACUUGAUAAUGACAUCGCCGUCAUCGAACUUCGAUUGCCCGUUAUGCUUAAUGGCUAUAUCCAACCAAUUUUUGUCUCAACUUUGAACUAUUUGAAUAACACUGAAGCUAUAUGCUUAGGAUUUGGACAAAUAAGCGAUGAUGACCCGGAACUUUCUAAUGAACUUAGAUACACAGAUACCACAACGCUAAGCAACGAAGAAUGUCGUCUGUAUACUAUGGAAGUCAAAUUACGGACAGUAUGAUUUGUGCUGCUGGGAAUUAUAACGAAGGAACUUGUAUUGGUGACACUGGGGGACCAUUAAUAAUAACUGGUGGUAGAAACUCACUGCUGAUUGGAGUUGCAAGCUUCAUUAGUGGAAAUGGUUGCGAAAGCACAGAUCCUUCCGGUUAUACAAGAAUUUAUCAAUACGCAGACUGAAUUCACAAUAUAACUGGUCGUUAUGGAUAUUAAAUCUUGGCUGUUAUGUAAGAGCUUUUAACAAACAUGUUAAGGGCACAAAGAAAUAAUCAAUGUUACGUUUGUAACAAAUAAAUUUUACAAGUAAUAAAUUAAAAAACUUAUGGU